UUUUCCUUUUAAUAAAUUAUGCAUAAAACUGGAUAUUUUGUUACACACUAAUCAAAGAAAUGAGAUUCGUAUAAUCUAUAGGAGUAGUAUGCAUUAUAGCUGAACUGUGGGGAGGUAUGUGCAAUUAUCCCAAAAGAAAAAAGAUAGAAACAGCUAAAGCCUAAAGCAAAACACACUCACAUGAGUUAAAGAGUCAAAAACUUUCAAGCGAAAAAACUCAAAUAUUUCCGCCAAAAUUUGGCGGUCAUUCAAAAUUCGAAAUUCAUACCCCAAAAAAAAAAAAAAAAGAACAUUGGUAAAUGCCAAUUUGAAGGAUUCAAUUUCUCACUCCCUCCACUUUUUCCUCCUCUUCUGCUCUCUUCCUCUCUGCUUGUAUCCCCGUUGACCAUUAAUGCCAAAACCAAUACACAACUAAAUAUCAUUUUCAGGUAUUUCUUCCUAACCCUAAUUUUACUCUUCAUUUCAAGUAUACACCCCCUUUAUCUUUUUUUUAUCCAAUUUCCUUUCACCAAAAAAAAUGCAAAACCACAUUGGUCCUAAGUCCUAUCUGCUCUAACACCAAAUAUAAUUCAAAAUAUCCCAGAUCUGAUAGAUUUUGUUUCAUGUUCUUGAAUUUCCUUUAUAAGUAGCUGGUAGAAUAAUAGUUAUGGUGAGAGAACAAAGUAUUGAAUCAUUUUACACUCGUUUAAGGGAUUCAGCUUUGUCUUCAUCAUCCACGUCACCAUUGCUAGUUUUCCCAUCAACUUCUGAUGUUGAUUCGCUUUGUGCUCUUAAAAUAAUAGGACAUGUUCUUGAAUCUGAUUCUGUUAGAUACGCGUGUUACCCCGUAUCGAGUUUUAAAGAGAUUUAUAAGUAUACUGGUGAUAAUUUAGGUCCAAAUGCAGAUGAACCUAUUACAAUUUUGUUGAUUAAUUGGGGUUGUCAAAGGGAUUUAAAGAAGGUUCUUGAAAUUGGUCCGUUAGCGCGUGUUUUCGUAGUGGAUAGUCAUAGACCUAUACAUUUGCAUAAUUUGAGUGAAUCCAAUGAUAGGGUUGUUGUGUUGUAUACUAAGGAUGAUGAGGAACAAGCUGAUUUAGCGUACGAUUUUGAUGUUUCUGCGUUGGCGAAUGCUAGUGAUUUGAAUAGUGAUGAUGAGUUUGAAGACGAAUCGGAUAGUGAGGAUGAAAAUGAGAGUGAUAGUGAAGAGGAGGAAGAUGGAGGUGGGACGAGGAGGAAGAAGAGGAGGGUGGAAAAUGUGAGUGACCUGGUUAAGGUUUUCGGGAAAUUGAAGAGGGAAUACUAUUAUAUGGGUACGUUCCAUGGGAAGCCAUCGGGUUGCUUGAUGUAUGAGUUGUCACAUUUCUUGAGAAAGAAUACUAACGCGUUGCUUUGGUUGGCGUGUGUAGCUUUAACUGAUCAGUUUGUUCAUGAGCGGUUAACUGAUGAGCGGUAUCAGGCUGGUGUAAUGGAGCUAGAACAGCAUAUUAACAGCUCGGGUAAUUUAGAUUCUAUUACCUCGGUUACUCUUAAGGAUGGAACAAAGGUGACAGCACCGAAUUCUUCAAGGAUUGCGUAUGAGUAUGAACCCAGGCUUAUGUUGUUACAAGAAUGGAACUUGUUCGAUUCGAUGCUGUGUUCAUCCUACAUUGCGACUAAAUUGAAGACGUGGAGUGAUAAUGGGAUUAAGAAGAUGCAGCUUCUUUUAGCUCGAAUGGGUUUUGCACGUGAGGAAUGCAAACAAAAGUUUCAGUACAUGAGUAUUGAGAUCAAGAGGAGAAUGAAGGACAUGUUUGAACAAUAUUUACCGGAAUUUGGGCUUACUGAUUUCUAUUAUAGAGGUUUCUUGCUUCUUCAUGGGUACAGUUCGAAAGUUUCAGCAGCAGAUGUAGUGUAUGGGGUUACUGCACUUCUAGAAGCAUCUGUAGAGUCAGAUGGCUCGUGUGCUUCCAGACAGUUUGGGGAGGCUUAUGACGCGUUAUCCUUGACCAAGCUUGACAAGUUGGAAACUGGAAUGCGACAAGCAAUAAAGGUUCAAAGGGCAAUUCUUAGACAAGGUAGUGCAGCGAUAACCAAGAAAGGUUCUAUAAGAAGUGGGAGUAAAUUUAGGUGGGUGAAGCUUGAAGACUCGGCCGAUGCAAAGCUCCUUUGUCACCCUCAGGCUUUAACUAAAUUUGGUUAUUUUCUGAUGGAUGCUUUACGUGAGAAAGGAGCAAGGAUGAAACCAUUGAUCUGUGUUUGCUACACUGAGGAACGAACCAAAGUGUUGAUUGUAGCAAUAUGUGGGAAGCCAAGGCUUGGUGCAGUCCAAGGAAAUGCAUUUGGGCUUGCGUUCAGAAGUUCAGCUGAAGAAACAGGAGCUGAGUUCUUUCAUGAACUAUUUGAAUCAUCGUGGAUAGUUUUGGAUGCAGCUGCUGUCAAUUCGUUCAUGAUCAGGCUAACAGAGAAACUUUUGUAAUGAGGUUUAUUCAAACAACCUUUCCUUUUACCUUUUAACUGUAAUUCUGUUCUUCAGGCGUUUGUUGUUUACUGUGAGCAAGCUCCCUCACAUUGUACUCAUCUAAAAUAAUUCAUUAGUUACGAACUUAAUUCACAUAUUUAACCAAGUUGGCUGCUGGUCUUCAUGGUUUGUUACUACACUUAUUUUCUGUGUUGCUCGGACUCUCCAAAGGACUGCCACACCCAUGCCGGGUCCUCCAAAAUGCACUAGUUUUGGAGGAUCCAACACGCCCCCGACAACAUUUUAAAGAGUUUGAGCAACAUAGCUUAUUUUCACUUGUAUUUAGUUUAAUCAUGUUGAAGCUACUAUCAUGUAACGCUAUGCUUCUAACUCUAUUUGUAUCCUUUCUGUUUGAUCUUCUUGCUAUUAGACUGUGUCCUUGCACAUAAAUCUUUGUGUAUCUUAACAUGAAUUUGUAGAAGCUACUAUCAGUUCUGCUGUGGUAUUGCGACUAUCACAAUUGAUGCAA